GUUCAUCGAUGAUCUACCAGACGUGGCGCUGUUGACGUUCCAAGAAUUCGAUGACGGGUGUGGCUACGUGCCGCAUGAUAAAACCUGGCUCAAAGAAAACAUAUCCGACCAUCUGAAGAGGAAGUUCAGGAAGAACAAAUGA